GUUGCCAAUGUAGAAAAUACAAUGUUGAAUGUUCAAAAGUUUUUUUUUGUGUGGUAACAUCAUAUGUCUAAAUUGGAAUACAAAUGGCGGCUAUGUCCCCGUCUGAGCGGAGAUUACAAAAAGAACUAAUGUCCCUGAUGAGGGAGCCUCCACCGGGAGUCACCGUGGACGGAGAUCAGGCCAGCCAAAAUCUAACACUGUGGACAGUACACAUGGAAGGCGUCCCCGGCACCCUGUACGAGGGGGAGAAAUUCGUCCUCCAGUUCAAAUUCACCAACAAGUACCCCUUCGACUCCCCAGAGGUCACAUUCAUAGGCAACAACAUCCCCAUACACCCGCACGUGUACUCCAACGGGCACAUUUGCCUGUCUAUUUUAACGGACGACUGGUCGCCGGCGCUAUCCGUACAAUCAGUCUGUCUGUCCAUCGUAUCUAUGCUAUCGAGCUGCAAGGAGAAGAAACGGCCACCAGACAACUCGUUUUACGUCAAAACAUGCAGCAAAAAUCCUAAGAAAACGAAAUGGUGGUAUCACGACGACUCCGUGUAACCAGUAAGCACGUUGGCUGUAUCGCGCAUGGACGAUAUGUGGUUAGUGCCAGUGUCGAGUGUACAUACUUAUAUAGCGGGGCGCCGCGGGCUAUCGGUCGCGUUUUGUAUACAGAUACUACUCAUUAAAUAUUGGAAAAUUAAAAUAUAGGGUUAAAGCAUAACUACAAGUUUUAUAGUUAAAAAGGAAUCGCCACAUUUGUCGACGCCGAAUCGAUUUAAACCGAUUAGGGUAGGCUCUGAAGACGCUACGACCGUUGAGUCGACAUCGGUAACAUGGAUUUCGCUUUGAUACAUGGGGUGACACGGUGACACCUACUGAUGUUUUCUAUUCCCAAAAGGGAAACUUGUGAUAUAUUCUAGAAUUGUCCGAAAACAUUUUCAACUUUUUGAACUUCCGUUUCUCUUCUCUGACACCGUAAUGAUUAUUUUGUCGGGACUAAGUAUAAUUUUACAAAACCAAUGGUUCCAUCUAGACAUAAACUUGUCACACAUAAUAGAUUCAAUGCAACCUUUUGUUGUCCCAGUUUUAAUACAUUGGCAACAAGGAGUUGAAUUUCAGUACCAUUUUGUACCUUGUCACAUCCCUAGCAAAAAAAUAUUGCUCAAGUGAUUCAUAAAAAUUAGUUUAUCAACGUCUUAUGUUGAUGAAAAUAAAGACUUAAAUUGUAUUAUAAAAAAAGUAAUAAUCGAUAAUGAUAUAUACAUAUUUCUAUACAAAACACGACCGACAUUACCAAUGGGAAAUCGUAUUUUGUCAGUGCUAAAUAAAUGUAAGUAGCAUAAUAGGAUAUGAAAUCAAAUAAAUGUACUGCUUAGAUCCGGAAAAAUUGUUUGUCGAAUUAUAAUUGUAUAUAAUUAUUGAUUAUAUUUAUGAUGCAACCAGAAACAUGAUCAAUUGAUCGUUAUACUA